AUGACGGACGCUAAAGAAUCGGACAUUAGUUCGGCCAAUGUGGAAAUGGUCGAGUCGAUUGCUGGCCAUAACAUCUCUCCACCGAACGAAGAUAUCUCUCCUCCGAAUGAAAUGAAGCGGGAGUUGGAUGGAGAGCUGGAGGAAAAAACCACUGCAAAGGCGUGGCUCUCUAUCUUCUUCCUCGCUCUGUCGUUCGGAGGCCCGUUCUGGGCCACGCCAACCACGGCCGCGAUCUCUUCGCAGUUGCUUGGGACUUUCGGCCAUGCCGAGCUCGCGGCGUGGGUCGUGCCGUGCAUCACGACAGCUGCAGCCGUGACUAUCCUCAUCUUCGGGGCCAACUCAGACCUCUUCGGCCGCCGGUAUUUCCUCCUGUCGGCCAAUGUUAUAACCGCCGUGUCGUACAUCAUUUGCGCCCGGGCAAACUCGACUUCCAUGCUCAUUGCGGGGCUCAGUCUCAACGGCGUCGGCUCCGGAAUCAGCGGGGUUGCUCUCAUUGCGGUCCCAGAGCUGAUGCCCAAUAAAUAUCGCCACAUUGGAGUGGUGCUUGCAGAUACGAUCGUGUAUAUCAUGAUUGUAAUCGGACCUAUCGUGGGUCGCUUCGCAAUACUCCACGACGAGCGGUGGCGUUACCUUUACUGGGCAGGCUUUAUCAUAGAAGUCGUGGCGACGAUCGGGCUCUUCUUUCUCUACCACCCUCCCAAGCAUUUAAGGGGCAUUCCGUGGAAAGAGGCCAUCAGAGGUCUCGACUGGAUUGGCGGCAUCCUCUUCACAACUGGCGCCGUUCUCGUCCUUGUCGGCAUCGUGUACACCUCGUACCUGCCAAGCACAGACAGGAGGGUUCUGGCUUGUCUCUGUGUUGGGUUCGCGGUCAUCGCUGCUUUUGGGGCCUGGGAAAGAUUUGGCCCUGUCAAGUACCCGCUCUGCCCGCCCGAAAUCUUCACGAGCCAUUACGGCCGGGAGUUUACAGUGCCUUUCUUCCUGGCGUUCAUUAUGGUCGGGUUCUUCUACGGAACUGCCGUCAUCUACCCCACUGUGUUAAAUUCCUUUUACAUUGACGAAACAACCUCUGUCUCCAAAGAACUCCUCCUCACACUCCCCAGCUCAGUACCAAUCCCGGUUGGAGCGGCACUCCUCUCGCUGUUUGGCAACAAAAUCGGCCACUGGAAAUGGCAGAUGGUUGCCUCCACCACGUCUCUCGUCAUCUGGGGCAGCCUACUCGCCCUCAUCACGCCAUACAACAAAGCGAUGAUCAUCACAUUCGUCGCCCUAUGCCAACUCUCGUACGGAUGGGCCGCCUAUCUGUCCGUCACCUUCACCCAGCUAGGCGUCCCGCAGGAGAUGCUCGGCAUCUCGGGCGGCCUCGCCGGCACGGCCCGCUACGCCGGCGGCGCCGUGGCGGCGGCGUGCUACUCCAGCGCCAUCAGCAACGGCAUCGCCAAGAGGGGCGCCGAGCUGAUCCCCCGCGCGGCCCUCGACGCCGGGCUGCCGGAGUCGUCGCUCGCCCAGGUGGUCGCGGCAGCGGGGCAGGGAGCCACGGCGCUCUCCAAGAUCCCCGGGGUGAACCAGGAGGUGAUUGAGGCUGUGGGCACUGCGUACAAGAAUGCUGCGCUGGCUUCGAUGGCUUUCGGGGUGGUGGGCAUCAUCUUGGCGCUUCUGUGUGAGGACAUCGGGCCAAAGAUGACGAAGAAGAUUGAGGUAUUUCUGGAGAAUGAUGCGCUUGCUGAGAAGAACAAGUAUCAUUGA